GCCACCCUGAGCCACGCUACUUUGUUCCGCUCGGCCCCAGCGUACGGGUCCCGUGUGUGUCAGAGGAGGCAAAGAAGCUCACCCCCCAGCCCCCGCCAUGCCGCCGCUGCGCUCCCAGGUGGUGAUCCUGCUGCUCGCCGCCUCCCUCGCCCACUCUCUGCCUCAGGAUGGCCCGAGCCGAAACUCAGACUUUACGUUUGCGGACAAGACGAGGGUGCUGGCCAGCAGGGUGUCAAGCCGUGACCUGACGCGACUUCGGCGACAAUCUUCGUCAAGCAGGCUCGUGGACUACCAAGGAGGCUCAGGAAAGCUGGAGUACAAGGACGAGAGAGACAUGGGCGAGCCUGGGACUGACUCGGUUAGAUUCACAUUAAAAAAACGUGGAUUGGGUUGUCCUUGGGACGACUACCAUAUGUGUCAGAGUGGCCGUAUAAUUUGUGGUGUGCAUGUGUGCGACGCCAAGGUGGACUGUCCGGAUGGGGACGACGAGCAGGACUGUGAGUGCAGCGCCGACCAGUUCCUUUGUGAUAAAACCAAAUGCAUACCUAAUACUUGGCUCUGUGAUGGCGACGAGGACUGUGAGGACAAGACAGACGAACAGGACUGUUCAGAACAACAAUAACGCUCGUGAACACUAAGUACUGGAACCUACUCAAUGGUGUAAAGCAAUAGGGGAGGCGGUGGCUGAGUCGUCAAAGUAACGGCCUCGUGUUCAGGAGGACGCGAGUUCAAUCCCCGCCCGGUGCCACCAAGCUGGGAUUUUUCAGCCGCCGCCGAGUGGCUUAA